AUGGUCAAUAUACUGACAAUGCUGUCUUUAGAUCAUUUCAUAACGGUGUUUCAUAUGGAGGGCUACUGGCAGCAACAGUCGACAUCCGGUUUGGACUGGAAUUUGCAACAGCUUCAAACGUACCAGUCGCUCGCGAAUGCAAAUGAGGUGCUGUCGGGGAUUUACAAGAGAAGAGCCUCUCGGGUGACAAAGCCCAUCAGCGCUGGCAAUAGCCCUCACUCUCUUGCCAGACGGAGGACCAUGAUGGCUCAUAGCCCGGCGCAGUAUCAACAGUAUCCUGCCGAUACCGCUCUUCUGGGUACUUCUCUCCGGCGGAAAUCUCGUCCCAUGAGUUGGCACCCGUCCUCGAAACACGCCAGCUAUCCCCAUUACAUGAUGACGUCCUAUCCAUCUUGUAUGGACUACGGCGCUUGCAAGCAGCUGGGGCACCAGCAGCAGCAGCAACCCACCGAAGCGUUCAGCACGGCAUCCAUCUACGGGCUUGCUACUCCUGUUUCGCACCUUACCACUGCAGAUUCGAUUUCGAACUUGUAUUUCUCUCCCCUUGACGCAAGCUACGGAACCCCGGUAUCCCAGGCGUUCACCUCGUCUGAGACGACGAACAUGAUGCAGAUGGACUCUUUUAGCUGGCCGGCCAGUACGCUUGAUAAUGCAUGUCUACCUUCACAACUAUAUGGAGACUGGGUGCAAGAUGCGCUGUCCGCCGAUUGUCCUCUUCCCACAAGCCAGAUAGCGGAUCUUGGUCAAGAAAGCGUCCCGUCAUCUGACGAGUUCACGGCACCCCCUACUCCAGAUGUAUUUCCUACCCAAUUUAAAAACACCUUGGAGCCGCAGUCUGAGCCUACGAAGUCUCAGACUCAAGACGAUGAGCUGAUUGGAAUGGGUCUCUACGACGAGCCCGAAACGAUCUCCAUGGAGAAUAGUCUCCUUGGAGGAAGCAAUACAAAUCGAGAGACUGCUGGCAAAGGACUCAAAUUGGAAGAGACGUUCAGUCCAUCUCCGGAUAACGACGAAGAUGAUGAGGAAGAAGGAAAGGAAGAUGAUACACAGGAGCAAGAGGAUGAGAGCCAAGACAAUGCAGUCUUAGCCGGAGAGACAUAA